UCUCUCUUCCCGCCUAAAAAUGGUAGCUAUUAAUUAAAUUAUUGAAGUGCAUGUAUGUUGAUUAUCAAUGGUCAAUCAUUAGCUUGAGGUGAUGUCUCCAUUGAUUGAUGUAGAUGAGCAGGUGGCACUACUUAUACUGGUCACCUGUGUGACAGUAUCAAUAUUGCAUAGAUUGAAGAGACCAGCAACCAAAUUAAUCUCAAGUUUUAUCAUGCAAGAAGAUUAUAAUAGAUUGUUAGUACUUGAGAAAGAUAUUAAGAUACUAACUGAUGAAGUUGAAGCCCAAACAGAUAUGGCUGAACGUGUUCAUCUUUGGAAUGAGAAGACGAAAAAAGCAACUACUCUUAACGAUAUCAGAUCAAGAAUUAGUUCAAAAGUAUCACGGAUUACCAAGAUAUGCUCCAUUAUAUUAUUCAUCGUUAUAGAGUUAGGACGUAUCAGUGUUGUAUUAAGUUAUAGGUGGUAUCCUGUUGCUAGGUUACAGCCUCAGGCAUUCUGGCCUCUAUCAAGAAUACUGUCCUAUCCUACAGGAAUAACUGGUGCAAUUGGUACUCCAGUUUGGUGUGGAAUUUGUUUAAUAAUCGUAUCAAAAAUACUUCAUUUAUUAGAGAUUAAAUAAUAAUA